AUGGACUCAACACGACAGGCGGAGAAAUCUCGAAGGACGCUUGGAACUUUCCCUGGAGUAUUUUGUCCGAUUGCUCUGUCCAUGUUCAGCACUCUGUUGUUUUUGAGAGGAGGUUUUGUAGUUGGUCAAGCUGGGAUUUUAGAAGCAAUUGCUCAGUUAUUUAUAGCCUAUAUCAUCCUGGUUUUAACAGUGUUAUCUAUAUGUGCUAUAUCAACCAAUGGAGCUGUGGAGGGAGGUGGAGCCUAUUAUAUGAUUAGUCGAGCUCUAGGCCCAGAGUUUGGUGGAAGUAUUGGGUUCCUGUUUUUUGUAGCCAAUGUAUUAGCCUGUGCUCUAUAUGUCAGUGGGUUUGUUGAGGGGAUACUGCAGAAUUUUGGUCCGGGAGGUACGUUUGUAGCGGAUGGUCAAGGCCUACCUGAUGGUUCUAGUUGGUGGAAGUAUUUAUAUUCUUCUGUUGUUCUAUUUGUUUGUUUACUUGUGUGUAUUAUUGGAGGAGCCAUGUUUGCUAGGACGUCUGCUAUCAUCUUAUUGAUUGUAGUGAUUUGUCUAUUAUCAGUAGUAAUCAGUAUGUUUGCUAUUAACCAUACUAUUCAAGUGGACAUACCAUUAACCAAUACCUUAGUUUAUGGUGGAAAUAACUCAGCAGACGGCAAUAUCACUGGCAACUAUACUGGAUUAUUAGCGGCUACUUUUAGAGAAAAUCUUUAUGAGAAUUACACCAGAGAUUAUAAUACUGGAGAUGAAAUGAACUUUGCGACAGUUUUCGCUAUUUUAUUCAGUAGUGUUACAGGAAUAAUGAAUGGGGCCAAUAUGUCAGGGGAGUUGAAAGAUCCAAGUAAAUCUAUACCUAAAGGAACUCUGUCAGCUGUUGGUUUUACCUUUAUUAGUUAUUUAGUUGUGUCUAUACUCAUUGGUGGAUCCUGUUCAAGGUUUUUGUUAACAAACGAUUAUGUAUUUCUACAACAAAUUAAUUUAUGGGGACCUUUUGUGGUUAUUGGUAUUUUUGCCGCUACGCUCAGUGCUGCCCUUGGUAACUUGAUUGGUGCCUCCAGGAUUCUUGAAGCUCUUGGAGUGGAUGAAUUGUUUUGGCAUUUUCUCAAGCCUGCUACAUUAACAUCAAAGGGAGGUAACCCCUAUAUGGCUGUUAUAAUUUCCUGGGCUUUAGUACAGUUAUUAUUGUUAGUUGGAUCGUUAAAUGCUAUUGCUCCCAUCACAUCAGUUUUUUUUCUGCUGUCUUACGCUGCUGUCAACUUGGCCUGUUUAGCUCUCGAACUCGCUUCAGCUCCGAAUUUUAGACCUACCUUCCGAUAUUUUUCAUCUUAUACUUGUGGUUUGGCUUUACUCGGCUGUUUAAUCAUGUGUUUUCUUAUCAGUGCCGUUUACACGUCCAUAGCCUUGGUUAUCAUGCUGAUUUUAGUCAUUCUACUCCAUUUCCGUUCACUUCCAACAUCAUGGGGCUCAAUCAGCCAGGCUCUUAUUUUCCAUCAAGUUCGUAAAUACCUACUAAUGUUGGAUUCCAGAAAAGCACAUGUAAAAUACUGGCGUCCUCAAAUUUUACUAAUGGUAGGAAACCCUCGUCAAUCAUGCGAGUUGAUUAAUUUCAUCAACGACAUCAAAAAAAGUGGACUUUAUGUUUUGGGACACGUUAAAAUUGGAUCUUUGGACGAUCAUCAAGCUGAUCCUAUUUUGGAGACGUAUCCAAAAUGGCUGACACUCGUGGACCAUUUAAAAAUCAAAGCAUUUGUGGAGAUAACUCUCGCUAAAAGUGUGUCUGAAGGUUUCCAACAUUUAGUCCGAGUUUCAGGCAUCGGUGGCAUGAAACCCAAUACCGUCUGCUUAGGUUUCUAUGACAACAUCACACCCAUUGAAACCUGUUUUGAAUCCAUUCGUCAAAAUGACAAGAGUUUGACUGGACACGAAUACGUAAGUUUGAUUAAAGAUAGUUUAAAACUGCAGAAAAAUGUCUGCUUGUGUCGAAACUUCAACAUGUUGGAUAAACAGAAGAUAUUUGAUUCCGAAGGCACGUAUUACAUAGAUGUGUGGCCGGUCAAUUUAUUCCGACCUGAAACAGCCAGUUUCUUUGACAAUACCUGUCUAUUUAUCCUACAACUGGCUUGUGUUUUGAAUAUGGUACCCAAGUGGCGAGGGAAGACAACUCUUCGCGUAUUUUUGUGUAUUAAUGCUCAAACAGAUAACACUAUUCAGAAAGAACAAAAAUUAGACAUGUUUUUAAAACAAUUAAGAAUUCUUGCAAAGAUCCAAAUUGUGUCUUGGGAUCACUUGCAGCAUUAUAUGUCUGGUCCAUAUUUAAAUUUGGAUCAGGAUGGAUCCAAGAUGCAGGACUUUCAGGAGGUUCCCGAAGAAUUUAUCAAAGCCAUAAACGAAAUGAUUUCAGCUAACUCUAGUCGUACAGCUGUGAGUUUUUUCUAUCUACCCAAACCUCCAUCGGACUCAACGAAGUAUGGUUCUUAUCUAUCUCAGCUGGAUUUAUUAACAGCGAAUCUUCAGCCUUCCGUCAUGGUCCAUGGGCUUCAUCCAGUAACAUCCACUACUUUAUAAUGAUGGUUUAUUGUAUAUAAGAUAGACUUGGUAUUAGCAGGUUGGUUGUGGCAUCAACAGCAUCUUUUCACCAAGCAGACAACAAUUAACUCAUCUCUAGACUGAAACUAGUGCCUUUAUUCCAGUCUCUAAGAGUGCUAUUUCGAAAGUUGUCGGCUGUGUAGAGAUAUCUUCAUAGCUGUGGAAAAUCCCUAUAAAACAGGGCCUAGUUUUUCUGACUUUACUCCAGCGGAUCAAAAUUAAAUCAACUAUCAAAAUAUCUAUCAGAGACUGAAAUAAGGACAGAUGUUUGGGACUAACUCAUCUCAUGCUACAGACACUGUUUCUGAUAAACGAUUUUCGUCAGGUCAGCUUUGUUUGGAU